UGAACUGAUUAGCCCUAUCUUCCCCUCAUCUUGCAGCACAGGCAGGCAGUCAGUGCCUGGUAGCGAUUUAGACGAGGGCGUAUGGACUUGAGGCAGCAGUGAAUGCAUUUCCCACAGACUGUGGUCGUACUUUUCUCAUCUCGUACGGAUUACCACUGAGUUCACACAUCGCCUAAACGCCGUAUCGCAUUUUCCUGCUACAAUUCUCCAUCUGAAGGCCUGUCACAGAGUAAAGUGGCUCGGUGUGCGUGUGUUUAGACAGCGGAGCGAGAGCAGCAGUGUGUCCCCGAUGGCUGGCUGGAAGGACGGCUCAGUGCAGGAGAAAUAUCGUCUGGUGGUCGUCGGAGGUGGUGGCGUCGGAAAAUCAGCAUUAACUAUCCAGUUUAUCCAGCCCGAAUUUAAAUGAAGUCACUCUUUUCUGAUUUGCCUUGCUACUGAAAACACAGCUCUGCACUGGUUAGACUAGCAGUUUUGCAGAAGUGUCAUACUUCGUCACUGACUAUGACCCCACGAUUGAAGACUCCUACACAAAGCAGUGCGUGAUUGACGAGAGGCCUGCGCGGCUGGACAUCCUGGAUACAGCAGGACAGGAAGAGUUUGGAGCCAUGAGAGAACAAUACAUGAGGACAGGGGAGGGCUUCCUUCUCGUCUUCUCUGUCACUGACCGGGGAAGCUUUGAAGAGAUCUACAAGUUUCAACGACAGAUAUUGAGAGUGAAGGACAGGGAUGAGUUUCCUAUGAUUCUAGUGGGUAACAAAGCUGAUCUUGAGCAACAGAGACAAGUGACCCAGGAGGAGGGCCAGCAGCUUGCCCGACAACUCAAAGUCACAUACAUGGAGGCCUCAGCUAAGAUCCGUAUGAAUGUAGACCAGGCUUUCCACGAGCUGGUCCGAGUCAUAAGGAAGUUCCAGGAGCAAGAGUGCCCACCCUCGCCGGAGCCCACGCGCAAAGAGAAGGAUAAGAGCGGCUGCCAUUGUGUGAUUGUCUAAUUGGCCUCUCACUGCCGCCACUCACCCAGCUGCUGUCACCAGUCCCUGCCCCCCACCCUGCCUUCUGACAUCACGUCCUGUGCGGAUGAACUCGCUGCCUUUCUACAUGUGCAUGUCUUCAAAACAGCAGUAUCUCUCAUAGCCUUAUCAGGGGCAUUUGUGCCUCUAGGACUUCACUACUAGAAGAACCAAACUGACAAAAUCUUGACUGAACUCACCAUUCUACCUUCAACUAGAGUACUGACAUCAGUGUGACCUAGAAUAUGGUAAUUGUGCCCCCAACACUAAACAUCGCUUCUUACAAAUUUGCUAUAAAACACACACACAAUUCCUUUUUUUGUAUUUUGAAGGAUUUUUUUCUCUUGCCUUGUGACAUUUGUACUUUUGCUGAGAUCGAAAGACUAAACGAAACACCAUUGGGAUUGCAGACAACGUUUAGUCGCUGAUCUAGAGUGAGAUGAUGUUCUGAAGCUUUGUGUGUGUGUGUGUGUCGUGCCAUAUCUGUUUUUACUUCCAUGUGCUAAGCAGCGAUUGUACAUAAGUGAAGAUUUGUGUGAGUUGAGGCCACCUUUAUGAUGACAAAACUCUGUCGCAGAGUACCCUGUGUGAGGUUGAGCAGCUUGUUUUGACAUGAAUUAAAACAUUAAUGUACUCGCAGAUAUGUACAUAGCCUUUAACAUGCCAAUUUUGUCAGCAGUGAAGUCAGAUUCCCAACUUCUUUUUUGGUCGAGAUGCCUUUUUUUUUUUCUUUCUUUUUUUUGCAUUGUAAGACUUCUUGGCAUGUAUGGAUUUGAUUUUUCUGAAGGGAUAAUUCACCUAAAAAUGAAAAUUAAUUUACUCACCCUCAUGUCUUCCAAAGCUGUUACAAACCAACCCCCAGUUUCACAGACAAAGCUUAAGCCUAGUCCCAGACUAAAAUGCAUGUUUGAGCUGUUUGAACUGAAAUCAACUUGCACUGACAUAUCUUAAAAUAUGUCAGUGCCAUUGUUUUGUCUCAAGAUGCACACCAGUAAUGUUUUUUUUUUCUAAGGAACGUUUAUAAAAGCAACUUAAAUGUCUUAAUUGAACUAAGAUCUAAUCCUGGCUAAAUCUAAGCCCCGUUUGUGAAACCAGGCCCAAAAGUUUUUGUCUUCAGAACACAAUAUUUUUUUUUGUCCAUACAAUGAAUAGAGAUCUCCAAUUUUUUUACCCGAAAAGUAUUAUCCAAUUUAAUGCUUGAAAGCAAAUAAAUUAAGACAGCCAUAAAUAUUAGAAGUGUAUUUUUUUUCUGUUGUUAAAAUAAAAUUAUUAUUAUUAAAUAUAUUUUUUAUUUUACAGUACAGUAAUAUAUUUCCUGAAUAAUAAUAAUAAUAAUAAUAAUAAUAUUAUAUUCCCUUCUUUUUGUUCUUGGCUUAUUACAUGCUGGAAUAAAAGUCAAUGGUGUUUUAGGCCCCAUUGAUUUUCAUUAUUCGGACAAAAACAGUUAUGAUUUUUAUUAUUUGGAGAAAAACAGUUAAAACAUUUUAAAAAAUAUCUCCUUUUGUGUUUUGCAGAAGAAAAUAAGCUACAGAGAUUUGGAACGACAGGGGAAUUUUCAUCUUUGGUUGAACUAUCUAUAUUGUCAAAUGUAUUCUUCAUGUAGCCAGAUUGUUGAAGCCUUCUUGACUCUCAGCUCAGAUUUCUACAGACUAUCUUCAGACUCAGGUUGCUCCAUUUACAGUGUUUUCACAAUGUGCUGACGAUGUCCCCUCACUCAGUGCACAAUAGGUUGUCUGUUCUCUACUAGGUACCCCACCAAGUUCGAUGACACAGAGAAGUAGUCUCUGAAAUAAUUGUGUCUUUUUCUGGCCUUGCAUUUCAAUUCACUUUUAAACUGAUUUUGUCUUUCUUUUUUAUCAGUUUGGAAACAUUUAAGUGACUGAAACAGUGUGAAGACUCAAGGGGACAGUUGAACUGCUGACAUCACAGGCAUAUUUUAAUGUAUAUGAUCAGAGAAAAUCAAUUUUUUAUAUCAUACAGCAGACAUCCACAUUCCCUCAAGACUAUUUUUUUUUUUAAUACGGUUUGGUGUCCCUGUGACAUUCACGUUUAAAUCUGGUAUUUCUCAUCUGACAGGUGAUAAUUUGCUUGCUGGCUUCAUACUCCAAGGGUUCAUAUCACUAUUGCAUCAUGUCAAGUUUUAUUUUCGUCUUCCUUUUUUCCAGCGUGCAUUUCUGUAUGAGGGAUACAAACUGUUUUAGUUCUUGUGUUUUGUCAUCAUGUAAUAUAAGAAAAAAGAUGGAAGUGAUCUUCUGAAUGGACAUGAUUAAAUGUUUUUACUAUAUACUUUUAUACAUUAUUUUCUUAUCAGACUAGUUAACGAGUAUUUUUAUAUGUUUGUAAGUGAAAACGCUCUCGCGGCACAAAUGUGUAUAUGUAAAGAGGAGUAUUUAAUUAUCUUGUUUUUGUUUUUAACUGCAAAAAGGCCAAUGUAUGUUGAACUGUGGUCCUUUCCUGCUUUUGGUGGACUGAAGCAGAUAACCCACCCAAAUAGUCAUCCACCUCAUAGCCUAAAACGCAGUGCAACUUCAUCAGUGAUCACUGGGCCAAUGCUUCAAGGCGAUGCCCUUUUGUGAUGACUCAGGUUCAUAUCCUUCCCAAAACCUUGUCCGUUAUACCAGUUAUCAGCAAAAUGGAUCAACACGAAAGCUAGUAAGAACACAAGUGCAUGACUCUUCCUCUUCCCAGAGUCUGUGUACACCUAACCCAUACUGUGUUUUAUUUGUCACAUCUUUCCCUCCCCCUGUAUAGCCUCUGGUGCUAUAAUAAAAUCUAUGAUUUAUCUGUGA